AUGAUUGUGACUACGUGGGUGAACACCAUGAGUUUAUUCCAUGAUAUUAAGCUAAAACGGCGGAAGGUAGACACUCAUAUCAACAGCGACGGAGAAAUCACAGCGGAUUUAAGCCCUCCUACUUCGUCUCCUGAGAGUCUCUAUACAGACACCCUAUCCAGAGAGCAAGACGCUAGAUCCGCAACCAGCAGCUCAACAACACAACCUUAUUUGUUAGAAGAUGGAGUUUCGCCUACGUCGGGAUCUCCACCGCAAUUGGAAAUUAUGUGUCCGAGCAUUCCAGCUUCCAGUAGAGACAGUCAGACUAGCCCUCUUCCAGAGACUAAGUGCAAGGAAAGGGCACCUGACAGUGAACAUGCUGUGAACGGUUUUGUUGAAAGUCCUCAACAUGAACGACGCAACAGUGUCUUUGAUGGCGGCGGGGAGUGCAAAAUGAGUCCAGAAGGUCUGGAUCUAAGUCGUACGAGAGGAGAGAAAAGCACAUCCCCGUCUUCUUUCGACGAACAUAUGUCCAAAAUAUUGAGAAUGGCCCCCAGUGCGUACAAGCCACCCUUGGUAAUGGGAGAUAUUCCUGGGGCUGGGCCUGGAAAGACUAUGGUUUGGUCAAACUGCAAUGACCGUGAUGGUAUAAAUUGUUCACCUCCUAAUUUGAGUAACUCAGCCCCAUCAUCAUCUUCAGUUGUUCACGUUACUGAUUCUCAAGCACUCAAUUUAACAAUGGGUGGGACUAUCAUUGGCAGGAGUGAAGUAGCGAUUGCCCAUCCUUCAUCAUCUGUUAAUCUUAUUGGGGAACAUGACGAUGAAGAUGGUGAAGAUACUCCAAUGGUUUGCAUGAUCUGUGAAGAUAAAGCAACUGGACUGCAUUACGGGAUCAUCACCUGUGAAGGAUGCAAAGGCUUCUUUAAGCGUACUGUGCAGAACAAGCGAGUGUACACAUGUGUAGCUGAUGGUAAUUGCGAGAUUACCAAGGCACAACGCAACCGUUGUCAGUACUGCCGGUUUCAGAAAUGCCUGCGAGAAGGCAUGGUUUUAGCUGCUGUACGCGAGGAUCGUAUGCCUGGAGGCAGGAACUCAGGAGCUGUGUACAACCUGUACAAAGUUAAGUAUAAGAAGCAUAAGAAAUCAGCAGCAGCAACAACAACAUCUCGAACAUCUCAAAACAACCAUGUUCGCUAUCCUAUACCCACACUGCCUGCUCCAGAAUGGCCAAAUGGUCAGAUUCUGAAAGCAGCUCUUACGAGCCCCUGCGACAUUCUAAAGUUGAGGCAUACUUUAGAGUCCUGGAUGAGUAGUUCCCGAGAAAGGCAGAUGUCAGCAGAUCAGGCCAUGACUUUUAUAAAACAGCUCAUUGAGUGUGACGACUUUGAGGAUAUUACUACUGUGCAAAAUCUAGAUGAAAUCAAAGGAACCAAGUCUGAACUUAGUGACAAGUUGUGUCAAAUAGGUGAUGCUAUUGUUUUUAAACUGGUUCAGUGGACUAAGCGUUUGCCGUUCUAUUUUGAACUUCCCGUCACGAAACAUACUCAGUUAUUAUCACACAAAUGGCACGAGCUAUUGGUCCUUACAACAACAGCUUAUGUAGCUAUCCGGUCCAACAACAAUAAUAAUGGUCAUAGAUACAAAAAUGGUCAAAGUGAUUUGGAAGAAGAAGUUGGAAUUGGUCUUUCUACACUUCAUGCGGCCCUAAAAGAAAUGGUGGAAGGAGCAAUUUCGCUGGAAUCACUUAGAAACGAAGCUGGGGAACUUGUUGAGAAGCUUACCGAGUUAAUAGCAACGUUCAGAAAAUUGCAGCUUUCGUUGGAAGAAUAUGUCUGCCUAAAAGUCGUGGCCAUGUUGAAUCAAGAAGGAUACCACGGACAAAGGGAAAUCGAACUGAUUCAAGAGCGUUAUCUAACAGCACUAAGAGUUUAUGUUGAAAAUAGGUUCCCUCAGCAAUCCGGGCGACUGCGAGAACUUCUUUGUUGCUUACCAGAGAUACAAAGUGCCGCAGAGCUGUUACUCCACACAAAAAUGUUCUUCGUCCCUUUAUUCCUUCACACGAACUUAACUAGAUAGCAGGGGUUGGUGACCCAAUUGGU